AAGGAGUGAGCAGGCGGAGGAGGAGCCUGGCGCCUCAAACGGUGUUUCAUUUUCCCUUUAACUCAACAGACCCGAGUCAGAAGCCAGGACGCCGUCGGCACUGUUUUCCUCUCUCCGCUCAUCAUGGACUUCAUAGAUCCCAUCUUGUCCGUCGCCUCUGAGAUUUACACCCUGGUGGAAAAUGUGAAGGCCAACAAGAAGCGCUGCCGCCGUGUUUCAAAGCGAGUCAAAGACCUGGAGGGCCUGGUGAAGGCCGUCCAGCAGCGGGGGGCGGCCCAGCUCAAGGAUGAGGGGGGUGAAAAGGUAGAGAAAGCCCUCCAGGACCUCAGCGACACCCUGCAGACGGCAAAGACGCUGAUUGAAAAAUACACCUCGGCCAACUGGGUGGACCGCAUCCUGAAGAGCGGCAGCCACGGAGACGAGUUCAACUCUGUGAACGAUCAUCUCAGCGACGCCUUCCACAUCCUGUUUGGAGCUCAGCAGGUGGAGCAGGGAAACCUGCUCUACAAGGUGUUCGAGCAGACCACCAGGGACAAAGAGGACAAGGAGGACGGGAUGGAGGACGAGCUGGAGCUGAAAGCAUUGCUACUGGAGCAUAUGCAAGUCCAGCAGCAGAAAAUGGAGACCAUGCUGAAAGACUUUGACUAUCUCAAAGUCAACGUGGGAAAGAUUGUGGACGUGUGCACUGAAGGCAGACGCAUGGAUAAAUCUGAUGUGGCCAAUGAGAACACCCGGAUCAUAGAGCCAAAAGAGCUGCAGUAUGAACCGGAACCUUUUAUGAAAACACCAACUUCAGAGGUCUACAAAGGAGAAUUUAAUGGAUUCCCAGUAGCCAUAAAGAGAUACCUCAACCCCCAGAGCAUCAGCCCAGAGGAGUUGAAGCGUAUUUUCAGCAAGGAAGUGGAUACCAUGAAACGCUUCGAGUCUCCCAACAUCCUGCGAAUGUACGGCAUCUGCAUUCAGAACGAGCAGUCCCCAAGCCCUGAAUUCCUCCUCAUCAUGGAGUACUGUGACAAAGGAAGCCUUCGACAGGUCCUGGACACCGACCGCGACCUCCCGUGGACCAGGAAAGCCCAGAUGUGUCUGGACGCAGCUCGAGGUCUCUAUCGACUGCACCACACCGAAAAGAAGAGUAAAGUCCAUGGGUGCCUCAACAGCUCAAAGUUCCUGGUGGAUGAUGGCUACAGAGUGAAGCUGGGAGGCUUUGAACUGGCAAAAACUGAGACUUCGCUGAGAAGAACAUCGAAGGACGCAGAGAUCAGAUCGCUGUGCUACUGCUCUCCCCAGAUGCUCAGCAGCAUCAACCACUACACUAAAGAGUGCGAGAUAUACAGCUUUGGCAUUGUUCUGUGGGAAGUUGCAACUGGUAAAAAACCAUUUGAAGGAAUGUCACAUGAUGACAUCUAUCAGAAAGUGUGUGAAGAGAAGUAUCAGGAGCCUCUUCCGGACGACUGUCCCAAAGCCCUGGGAGAGCUGAUCAACGCCUGCCGGGCCCACGACAGCUUCAAGAGACCAUCGGCUCUCGGGCUGGUGAAUAAACUCCUCAGUAUAGUGGAAUGUCUGGCGAAGGCAUCAAGCUCUUCCUCAGCCUCGGCCUGAUGUGACCAGCUGCAACAGAAGACACUCGACUGAGGAACAAACGGGCCUCUAACAUGGAAGUCCUCAGGAGUGGGGAAAAAACUGAGUCACAUGAGCGUCGGGAUUUUUUUCUUUAUUGAUUUUUAAAUCAAUCAAUCAAUCAAUCAAUCAAUCAAUCAAUCAAUCAAUCAAUCAAUCAAUCAGUCUAUAUUUGUAUAGCACGUUUUAGAUAUAAAAAAACAUGAAGUAUUGAUAACGUAAACCAGCAUAAAAAAAUAUAGGUUUUUUUUCACCCCAAAACCUUCAAAUAUGUCAGUUCAGUGUUACGUUGAGAAUCCAGGUUGAAAAAUGGUUUCCACGUUUGUCGAGCAGACAGUGAAAUGUUUUCCCAUCACCAUCCAGUUUGGAGAAAGAGGAGGACGGAGGACAACGCGAAGAAAUGUGCGGAGAUGAAACCCCCAGCAUCACUUCUUAAAGGAGCACAGCGCAGUUUGCUCGUUUUAUGCGAAACACCGACCCCUGCAGGCCUUAGGUGUAACUGUAGCUUAGAAAAGCUCGUGUCUGUGGCUUGUGCCCAUGUACGUGCACAGAAGAG